AUAGGCUCGAAAAAGUUUGUUUUGGGCAGUUUUUUCUGGAGAAGGUUACUUAUGCAAUAUUUGAAAUCCAAGAACAGGGCGGAAUUCAAACAGACCAUUAAUCAGAACAUCUCAUUUUUUGCUCUAACAUCGUUUCAUUCCAAUGGAGCGAUAGUCUUUCGAUUACGUCUACCAAAUUCCUAUCGCAGUAAUAAUCGAUUAUUUUAACAAAAUGCUACCACUGUCGCUUUUAAAAACGGCGCAGAGCCAUCCUAUGUUAGUAGAGCUAAAAAAUGGAGAAACAUACAAUGGUCACUUGGUUAGUUGCGACUCCUGGAUGAAUAUAAAUCUGCGCGAUGUAAUUUGCACCUCAAAGGAUGGAGACCGCUUUUGGCGUAUGCCGGAAUGCUAUAUCCGUGGAAGUACAAUUAAAUAUCUUCGAAUUCCCGAUGAGGUGAUCGACAUGGUGAAAGAAGAUGCGCAAGCCAAGUCGAGAAAUCGCACAGAAAUGAACAAAAAUCGCGGCGGCAACUCUUCGCAAAAUCAACGCGGCGGACGUGCCGGUGGCAACCGAAACAAUGUCGGCAAUCGUCCUGGCCAGGGAUACGGAGGUCCUGGUAAUAAUGCGAUGCGUCUGGGAGGAACUGGUGGUCAAGGGAAUCGCCUGCCCCACGCUGCCAAAAAUAGAAAAUAGUUGUUUAGACCGCACUAGUAAUAAAUUUCUUUUCAACUAUUCAAA